AUGGCAGAAGCCAUCGUUACCCUGAAUCUCGUCUGCAAUGUGAUGCAAGUCAUAUCUUUGACUGGCAAGGUCAUCGGCCUAUGCAGGAAAUCGUUCAAAGACGGCUCACUAGAGCUUGGCCUUGCUUUGAAUACAGCAUACUUCACGGCCCUCCUGACGUCGGUUCAAGGCGACCUCUGCCACUUCGAUCCCGUCUGUCUCAACACAGACGUUCGUCCCGCCAAUGAACAGGACUCGGCGACGCAGCAUGCCAGGGCUAGCCUCAGAAGCAUUGCGGCGGAUUUGGUCAGAGACACCAGAGAGCUGCAAGCGGUGCUUCAAACAGUCGUAGUGACGCCUUCCUCGGGGACGCGACGCCGGAUAGUCAUAGCUUUCAACUACAAGUUCUCCUACAAGGAGAAGAUCUCGGCUCUUGAAAAGAACAUCAAAACCGCCCAAGGUGUCAUGGAAACAGAGUUCCUGACCAGGAUCUGCCACUUCACCAAGGUGCAGUUCACCAGCACUUUCGCCGCCAUUGUGAGCCUCUUGGCCGUUACCGCCCAGGCCACUCCUGCCCCCAGAGCCGACAGCCCAGAGAUCGCAGCUCGAGCCAACGCCAAGUUGAACCAGUACCCCAACGACGACUGUAAGGACAACAGCGGAGGCAACACCCCGACCUACCACGCCUCGCCCCCUGCCCGCAAGUGCUACACCAUCGACACCACGUCCAAGUCGUUCUACUUCGGCCUGGGCCCGCUGAGCCAGACGUGGGCCUACUCCGAGGCUGGCUGUAAUGGCCUGUGCAAGAACCUGGGCGGCUCAGGAGGCUGCCAGGGAAUCAACGUUACCGUCAGCGAGCAGUUCGAGAAAAUCCUCAGUGUCAUGAUGGAUCAAACUCCCCUCGCGGUAUAA